AUGUCUACCCCGCAAGUGCAGAACCCCCCGGUGGAGGACGACGAGGUUCCUACCCUGGAGGCUGCGGAAGUCCCACAGGUCGCCAAGCAAACCAAGCGCUACGCAAAGGCCAUGGCAAAGAUGGGGCUUAAGCCGGAGCCUAACGUUGUUAAGGUGCACAUCCGCAAGCACGGAUCUCUCUCCUUCCUGGUGAACCAGCCGGAGCUCUACCGUUUCCCUGGCACAAACACGUUUCUUGUCUUUGGUGAGGCUCAGCUUGGCGACACCGCAAUGGAGGCUCAAGAGGCUGCCGCCCGCGCCGUCUCUGGUGUCGUUCCGGAGACCGAGCCACGUGUUGAGGAGGUGCCCACCACGGCUGAGACUCCUGAGACCCCUGUUCCCGCCGAGAAGACUGACGACGCAGACGCCGAAGACGGUGGUGAAUUGGACGAAAGGGAAAUCAAGGUUGUGAUGAGCCAGGGAAACACAGAUCGUGCAGGGGCCAUCCGGGCUCUCAAAAACAACAAGGGUGACAUCGUGAACGCCAUUUUGGAGCUAACGAUGUGA